CCGCUGCGAGCGCCGUAGAUUCGUCGGGCGUCCCACACACUUUGCUUGACCGCGACGCUCACGUCUUGAAGAUAGGAAAUGCCGAAACACUACUGUGACUACUGUGAUGUCUUCUUGACCCAUGACUCGGCCUCUGUGCGCAAAGCGCACAAUAGUGGUCGGAACCAUCUCGCAAAUGUUAGGGACUACUAUGCAUCACUCGGCCAUGACAAGGCGCAGAGCAUCAUCGACCAGAUCACUGCAUCGUACGAAUCCAGUGGCGGACCUCCUCCCGGUGGGUUCGGCUUCGGUCCCCAGCAUCUAGCACCCCCCGGGCCCUUUGGUGGGCCUCCGAUGGGAUUCGGAGGCCCUGGAUUCGGAGGUCCCCCUGGCAUGCGCCCUCCCUUCCCGCCACCUGGUAUGAUGGGUCCUCCAGGUGCGCCCCCUUUCCCGCCGAAUGGUCAGAUGCCUCCUCCUGGUAUGGGUCCUCCAGGUAUGCCGCCUCCAGGUAUGCCACCGUUCCCGCCAAAUGGUGCGGGUGGCGCCCCGCCAUUCCCUCCUAACGGGCCGCCCGGUCAAUUCAACAACUCACCAAACGGACCGCCUAAUGGUGCGCCUCCUUUACAAGGCCCACAGAAUGGUGGUCUGCCCCCCGGCGCCAUUCAUCCUGACAGGCUGAGGAUGAUGGGACAGUGAGACGCCCAAGCACUUCUGUCUAUGUUGCAUGUACAUACUUCCCAUAACGCUUCGGUAUGUUUCGCUAGGUCGUUGUCUUUGUUAUGUGAACACGCUGCUCGUUACUCCAUGACAUGUAUUCUCCAAUACAAAGACU